AUGACAACGGAAAACAAUUACGACAAUAUGCUCAAACAAUUGGAAUUAGAGAUCGAUAACCUUCAAGCUCAUUUUAAAAGCGAGGAAAAGCGGAUUUUCACAGAAAUAGGCAAUCUAGUAGGAACACAAAAGCCACCUCUAUCAGAAUCGGACAUGAAAACUGCAAGAGGGCCUGAAAAGGCAGAAGAGAAGAUAGGAGAUAGGCUUGUUGAAGACAUCGACAAACAAUUGGGCGGCUUCUAUGGUAGUAUCGAACUUCGAGAUGCGUUGAAAGAAUCCCAGAAACGAAUGGAUGCUGUUGUUGAAGUGCUAAAUAGGGUGAAGGAAUACGUUCGUUGUCACUUCGUACGGCUCGAGAUAGCACAUCUUCUGCAAAACAUCGAGACUCUGAGAAAAGUAUUCUUACGUAUGCUCGACCGCAUGGAGAUCCCAGACAGCGACGACUUCUUCAACGACUCGUUUAGCGAAUCACUGACUGCAAUAUCGAACGGUGGUUCUUUCAACGACGACAAGCCAAAUAAGCCAAAACAGAAAGAGGAGAAACAGGCUUCUGCCACUGCCACCGCCGUGGAACAGAAAAGUGCUGAAAAAUGACAGCUUUUGAUUGC